UUUUUCAUUAUUAUUAUUAUUAACUACACAUAUGUUUGUCCAUACAGUGGUUCGGCGGCAGUCAUACGUGCAAUGGUGUUGUCGUCGGGCRUGCGUUUCGCGCGUGAGGUCUUCUCAGUCGAGGAUGACGGCCGCGAUCGGCGUCAACGACCAAUAUUACGGCGGCGGCAACAACGGUGUUGACCAUCAGCAGCGUCGCUACAUUCGCGACUACGACAAAGUGGUCAGAUUGUUACCCGAACARGUGAAAUACGACUACAAGAAUAGCCGAUUUUUCAAUGAACACCAACUGGAAGACGAACCGUAUCUGAAGUAUACCGACGACCAGAUGUUAGAUCUGACCAAAAUUAAACUGGAAAAAGACUAUCCGAACCGACACAUCGAACAAGUGGACAUUAACGCCGACCCGUAUCGGCAGAUAUUGGUCGGCCAGCCGGACGACAAAGGAUUUACCGAAACCGAAGUUGUCGACGAUCCGGACGCCUGGUUUUGGGUCGAACGACUGUUUCCGGCCAAUCAAUUGCCGCCGAUGUCUGCCUGCAAAUCGUCGGCUGAUUCGCUGGUACGGCCACCACCGUCGACUGGGUCGGCCAUCAAACCAGAUCUACCGUAUUUUGUGGCCCGUACACGUGGCCAUUUGUUACCCGUUUAUCGUCGAUACGAAGUCUGGGAUCGCGAUCAGCAAACCUAUUGGCGUAACCGUUGGGACGGUUUGUUCAAUAAAUAUUAUGCCAAACAAGUUUUGAAAGAUUUCGAUGAAAUCAAAUGGCCAAACAACGAAAAAACGGUUACGUUGACUAUUGUCCAACAAAUUCACGGCGAUUUGUGGCAACUGGAAGCCGAUUUACGGGGCCAUCUCGAAGCCAAACACUGUCUGGACGGCGGCAACGGUAGUGGCCAACAACGCAUAUUGUCGGCCGUCAGCGAAGUUAACGGUGUUUUGCGUCUGAAAGGCGAUUAUGUUGUCGAUUGUGUCAAUUGGUUAAUAGAUAAGGGAUUUUGAUAGACAAACAAAUAAAACAGAUAUUUAUAAUACCGUAUAAUGUGAUUAUACUGAUUGUAAUUAUAGUUUUAACAAUAAUUCCGUUUAUUUAUCGGUAAUUGUGUGUUGUGUGUGUGU